AUGAAGUUCGGUAGAUAUCAAUCGAUUUAUCAUCAGUUGGCUAUACAUGAAUAUGAGAAACGUAAAAUUUUGAGAUUUAAGACUCUUGGUCCAGCUGAAAUGUCUAAACCAGAACCUACAAAAUUUCUACGUUCUCAUGUUGCCGCAAGAGUUCAUAAAUUUUCGGAUCAUGUAAAAAAUGAAAACAUGUGCCCUGGAAAGAAACCACCAUUACCGGAUUUUCGCAAGAUUAAAUCAUGUGAAAAGUUGGCUAGAUGCAACAUUGUAUCUCGAAAUAAGCUCUCUGCGUUAUUGCUUGAACCGAAGAAGCCACAGCCUUUCAUAGUAGAUACCAGAAAAGGUCACAAAUAUAACCUGGUUGGAUCUGGUCUGACAAAAUUUUAUGUCCUUAAAGAGGAUUUUGGAAAGAUACCAGAUUAUAUACAGCAAAGGAAAAAGGAAAAGCUAGACAACGAUCGUCUUUAUGCAGAGUAUCUUCAAGAAGUUGCUAUGCACCAGCAAAAACCAAGAUUAUCUGACGAAGAACGUGAACACCUUUUAGCGAAUCUAAAGCAACGACACGCAAAGAUAUAUAAAGAUUUUCUCUGUCUUUCUGUCAUUAUUGAUACUCUGCAUAAGAGACAGAGGAAGGCAUAUCUAGAAAAGGAAUUAAAUGACAUUGAAAGAGACAUUCGAACUGUGGAGGAUAAUCAGUUUAUAUUUGUUGAAGAAAAUUAG